AGCCGAUAAGAGCGGUUGUUCUACGAGACGCGCGUAAUAUUAUAUUUCAAUAAUAAUAACAAAGUAUAGGAAUAUUAUAAUAAUAUGUAUGUUGUGAAAAUGAUAAUGUUAUCGAUAACGGUUAUAGAUAUAAUAAUAUCGCGAUGAAAUAUUUUUUUUUUUUCUAAAUCGUUUAAAAUAACGAUUAUCUUGUUCGUUUGAUACCUAUAGAAAACAAAACCGUUCGAAGAAAAUGCGUGCAGAAAUUUGUAACUACCACUUGUCGUCAUAAUGUCUACAAGUCAAAGUGAUUCUGGAUUUCCAGCUGGAAUAGAUCAUCAGAACAAAAAGUUCACCACCAUAAUUAUUUAUCCAACGGUGACUCCAGAGAAGAUAAUCAUACCAAUGGUAUCGUGCAUUUUAGGUUUUCCGUUGUUGGCGCUAAUGGUAAUAUGCUGUUUAAGACGUAGGGCCAAAUUAGCGAGAGACCGAGAUCGUCGAAGAAAUUUGGGAUUUGCUCGAGCGUGUACCAGCGACCAAGGAGUGAUAUCUCUGGCAAGGUUUAGUCCAAUGCAUAAAAUCGGAGUAUACCUGGCUGCAGGAGCGAACGCCAGUGGCGGUGCGUUGCCGUCACCACUGUCGUCCGGCGGCCGGAACCAUCCGCUGCGCAGCGAGAGCCGAUCUUACGCGUCCUGCGACCUUGACCCCGUCAUGGAAGAACGGAGCGACAUGGACAACAGCUGUGGCAGCAUCACCGGCGGCGUCGGACCGAUGGCCGCGGCCGAGGCGGUGGCCGGCGAUGGCGUCAUAUCCGGCGGCGGAGCGGUCGAGGCGCUCGUGUGUCCGGACAGCUAGCAACACGUGCUGGCCAUCGCCAGGAUAUCGGUGGCCGUACAGACGGAUAAACCUCCGCCCAGACCUGUCAGGUCACCACUUUGGAACACGCUCACCAACAACCCUCCGGACGAGGCGAUCAGCUGACAUCCGGACCGGCCCGAACAGCUCAAGGCCAUCGCGAUCAUAGAACCUUGAAGGGCUCACCCGUCCGCACCCUCUUCCGCCGCUCACCCAUCCACCCAACGAUAUACGUACAAGCGUUUCCGCGGCUGUUUUAUUAUGCUUUAAGGUUUUUGGUCGUCAACAUUAUUAUUAUUAUACAUCACGAUGUAAAUAACUUCAUGAAGUUAAAUGCCAAAUAUUACGUUUAUGCGCUAUAUGUAUAAUAGUGUUAAACAAACUCGUAUCGUGUAAGUACACGGUAUAUUGUGAGAAACCGUUUGUGUAUUAUCUGAAAUUAAGUUAGUAGUUUAUGGCCGAAAAUCUACGUUUCAAAUAAAUAACCAUUCCGGUAUAAAUAAUAUUAUAAAUAUAAAAAUUCAAAUAAUCUUAACAAUAUCUGGAACUUAAUACAAUUCUGACGUUUAGUGAACGAUACACACAAUGGUAUUCUCUUCGGAAUCACACUAUAUAUAUCUUCUUUUUACCUCUAUACUUGUACUUCUUUUAAAUGGAAAUCGCCUACCCGCGGAAAAUUUCAGUUUCAGUCUGAUGGGCAUAAACUUUAGCAAAUAAACUUUUCAAACAAACAACCUAGGCCACGCCCACACACUCACACGUGUAUAUAUACGAACACAAUAUACCUAUCGAAGCUGUACCCUACUCUAUUUCUACCCUCAACCUCGUCUGUCUUUUACACGUCGUCAUCAUUGUCCAGUGCCAUUAUAAUACUACUAUUCAUACACAUAUACACGCGCACACAUAUAUAUAAUUACUUUUCAAACUUUUAUCGACCGUAUACCGGAAAUCAUGUUUGUUUGCGGGAUGACGGUAACGAAUCGGAUAAAUCCGAAAAUAAACUUCAAAAAACUACGUUCAACGAUCAUCAUUCGUUUGGACAGACGAAUAAACUUAUUGCUCCGUCUCUCGCUAUGAAGUGUAACGAAGUACAGCCUUUGUGAGACUCGACGUUAUAGGUAUACAUAUAAUGUUGGUUUUUACUAUAGUUAUACAUCGCAUACAAUAGUUUUGGAAUGUAAUUUUCUUUGUGACUUAUAGGUAUGUUAGGUUAAGUAACUAUACGUCUAUACUAACUAUAUAUUCCUUAUUUACUGAAUACAUUUAUCUUUUGUAUAUUUCAAACUUUCAUAACAUGGGUCCAUUAUUUUUACUACAAUGUUAUACACAAUAUAAAAGGUUACUAAAUAAUAAUAAUAUUAUUAUUCGCUAAUGCACUGUGAUGUAAUUUUACUUCGACAUACGUUCAACUAUAAUGUUAUCAAGAGUUUCCACGUCAAAAACGUACCGUUACAUUAAUAGAAAUUAUUAUUUCUGAUCGUCAUAGUUUAUAAUGUCGAUGUUGUUAUAUUAAUUUUAUGUCUCCGCGUCAAAUCUGAUUUAUUUUGACGACCUCAGAGCCGUACUUACCAUAGAAACGCGUGAGUACAAUUUCGUUGUUAUGGAAGGGUACGCCAUACAUCCUACGAACUCUCUCACAACUCGUGAGUGCCACUCAAAAAGUCAUUUUUGUCUACUAAAUAAAUUUAAUAAUAGCCUCCAAGUCUGUGUUAUAAAUAAUAGUCUGAAAUCCCAAAAUUUAUUAGCAAACAUUUAUAGACCUUACCUCAAAGUAGCAGUAACUAAACUACUCUGAUGAAUAGUGACAUUAUCUUACCCUGAAAUAAUAAACUGGGUACUUAUAAAAUUGUAUAAAAAUUUCAUAAACUUCUAUCGAUUAAAUGCAAUAUAUAAAAUAUAUUUGAUUUUAACGAAUACAAGAUACGAGAAACAUUUUGAAAAAAUAAAUAAAUUUUAUACCAGAACUUAAUUAUAUAUUUUUAAUUAAAAUCGAUAAAAACGUAACAAAAAUGUUCUAUAAAAUUAAAAUUUUAAGUCAUGUGAAUAAAUCUUUUGAUGGAUUAAACAGCUUUCUUCUGUAAUAUUUCACAAAAAAAACUACAAUUUAUAUUGAUCUAUAAUAUUGUUCAGUGAUAUAUAAAAAAUUUUAGAGUAACAAAAUUACUCUUUUUAACAUUUUUACCUAAAAAAAAAUACAACGCAGUUGCACACCUAUAUUAGAAUAUUAAAUUUUAAUAGCUUAAAAAUAAAUUUAAAACUCAUAAUCUCUCUUAUCUUUAGCAUUAUAAUUUACAACUCACAUGACUAUACUUUUUAAAAGUAACAAAUAAAACUUUUUUUUAGUUAUUUAUAUAUGUAUAACGAAAUUAUCUGAUAGAUAGUAUUUUAAGGUACUCUGCACAUAAAAAACGACUAUAUUUUCAAAAAUACGUUUUUUUUUUCAUAUAGAAUAAUAAAACUAUAAAUCACUAUAUUAUUAUAAUCUAUAAUAGUUUUCAGUUGUUCAAGUCAUUGUGUAAUCAACGUGUAUAUUUUGAAGUAUAUGAAAAUUGUAAAUUUAUUUGUUGCUUAGUCAAACAAUUUUAAUAUAAGUGUGCAAUUGUAUAGCAUUUUUUUAAUGUUUUAAACAGUUGGAAAGUGCUCAAUCGUGUUUCUCCGACUUAAUUAUAAAUCCGAUAUACCUAUCUUGAAUUAAAGUUUCAAUAUUCGACAUAAUUUCUAACCGGGACUGCCGAUAAAUACAAUUCAUUUUCUACUUACAAUUUCCUAGUCAAGAGAGGUCGCAAACACGUAACGAAAAAAGUAAUAUACAAUUAUAUUGUUUUAUAUAGAUAUAUCCACUUUGAAAAACUUUUAAUGGUUUCGACGGAAUGAUAUAAAAGUGUAUAGUGCACUGCGCAGUGGUGGCGUUAUACAAUGUGGUAACUUAAUCCGGCUUUGCGAUGGUUUACUCGGGAGACGUGUAGGGACAAAUUUAUAUAUACGUUUGGUAAAUAAAUUAGGGUCGAAUCGAAAAAUAACUGCUACCAUGGUAAUUAGGAUAGGCAUUAUAAUAGUAUUUUUAUCAUUAUUAUUAUUAGUCUUGCCCAGGACAAUUCCAUAUUGCGGAGAAGCCCAAAGAGGAAAUUCUCCAUCAUCGUAACCGUGGAAACGGCAAGUUCGUUAUUAUUCCAUUAAGAAUAAUAUAUAGGUCUAUAUAUGGAAAUAGAUUUAUAAUAAUACAAAUACUAACACGUUUGUUUGUGUUUGUGCUAGUUGUUCGUUAGUGAGUUGUUCAAGUGUGUGUAAAUAAAAUUAAAAUAAUAAUAUUCGAGUUUGGCUUUCGGUAGAACAACAUUAUUACUCUCCAUUAAUACGUAAUCAAAUAUAUGAAUGACAAUCGUUGGUAGUAGUGUUUGUCGAGUAUAUUUUACAAUGUACAUCGCAUACUAUAUUUCUAGAAUCUAGUUGAUAUUUAUAAGGUUUUCAUUGUUUGAUUUAAUGAUUAAUUUUUAUAUUUCAAUAAAAAGUACCUUGAUAAAAUAAUAUAGGUACGUACAACACUACAUUCAAAAAUAAACUAUUUUUUGUUAUUUGAUAAUUUUUUAGAUUUCUACUAUAUACAUUUUCUACCUGACUGGUCCAAUUAUUUUUAUUAAUUUGUCACGUUGCAUAUAAUCAUAAAAAUUCUUAAAUAAAUACAUAAUAUUAUUUUGUAUAAAUAGUAUUAUUAUUUAAAAACUAUAAAUGUCUAAUAAAACCAUAUCCUAUAACUUAUAUACCUAGUACAAAUUUGGUGAAAAUAAAAAUUUUGUGAUUUUACUUAAACAACUUUUCCUAAUUUGUAAUCUCGUACAAUAGGUUCACAUAAAACUUUAACUACGAACAUAUUUUAGUGUUUUCAAAAAGCAAUUUCUAUUAUUUUUUCAAGAUUUAAAAAAUUAUCAAAUAGUAAAACUUAAAACAAAACAAUGGAAAAAUAAACUAUUAUAGGUAUCAAUAGUUAUUAGAUUAUUUUAUGGUAAAUGUUAUAUCUUGAUGAAAAUAUAAAAUAAAAUAAAUUAUAGAAAAACUAAAAUAAAACAUACCACUAUAAUAUGAUAAUUAUUAUAGUGUUACUAUGAUGUAUGGGGCCAAAUUCGUAAUAAUCAAUUUCAUUAAAAGUAUUAAAAACAAGCUAAAUAUUAUGUCUAUAUAUAUAUUUUGAUUAAUAAUUUGAUUAUUUUGAAAGCCUACUAAUUCAGGUUUAGUAAUCACAAUAUAUGUUUUUCGUUGAUACAAACCUGUGUACUAUUGCAACGACCAAGCUACUGUAUUUUUACAAAUUCAAACUAGUAAUUUUAAAAUCGGUUUAGACGGUUAUACAUGGUCGUACAUUAAAUGUAAAAUUUACUAAUCGUAAAAAAUGUAAUAUUCCUAAAUAAUGUAAAUACUUUGAUAUACUAUUAAAUAUAACCACUUUUGUACCAUUUACCUUGUAUUGACUACAGUACAAUCACUAUACUAUUAUAGAGGAAGUAUUAUGAAUGUUCACUUUAUACAAAUUACAUUUGUAUGUAGAGUAAAGUAUAACUUUUAGGUUAAUUAAAUGUUUAAUGUUGAUUGAUAUUAUUAUUAUUUUUUUUUUUUAAGUACAAUAUUGUUUUAGCUAUAAGAAGUCUUGUAUGUAUAAUACAUUAUGUAAUAAAAAUAUUGAAAUAAAUGAUGUCUCUUAUUAUUUGUUGACGAUAUUGAACUUAACUCACAA